UGUUGUCCUGUGCACAGGAGGUGCAUUGUGGCCGGCUGCACUGUGCCGCCACGGCUUGUGAUGCAUUAUUGAGCAGGGGCGUCGGGUGUGUCCUGCCUCGCCGAUCGCAGCGCCGUGGGUGCAGUGCUACCUUCCUGCCGCUGCGGCUCACCCUGAACUUCAGUGAGACAGGUGUUCGGGCCCAGUUCUGGGUCCAACGUCUCCUCAAAGCAGUUCGCCACCGUGAGGGUUCCAGCCGCAGAGGCAACGGGGUGCUGUUUGUUUCUCCGAGGCGCCGGUAUGGAGGCACUCAGCGCUGCGACGUAAACCGAGAGGGAAGGACCGGUUCCCUUUUACCUUUCCUGCUCGAGGAAAUAUUUGAUCUGCAGGCCAGGAGACUCUCUGCUGGGUUCUGAUCCGCUGCAGGGUACUAGGCCAGUAUCGGAACCUGAGCAUCUCACCAAUUAACAAUGGCGAGUGAAGACAAAGUUGCCAUCCUUUCUGAUGAUGAAGAGGAACAGAAGAGAAAAUAUAUUCUUGCUGAGCCCUUCAACACACUGUCAGCUGAAGCAAGAAAUGAAUCAUCUCUUGCUCCUGCUCAUUUAGCAACAGAAGCAGCAGAAGCAGAGGAACCCGACUGGUUGGAGAAACAUUGCAUAAAAAUUAGUAAUGAUCUUCUUGUUUCCAAAAUAUUCUACUUCUUCUUUUAUUCUGGUUAUGGAUCAUUAAUUCCACUACUGCCAGUGUAUUACAAACAACUUGGCAUGUUGGCCAGCCAAAGUGGACUCUUGGUAGGAAUAAGGUAUUUUAUAGAAUUCUGCAGUGCACCUUUCUGGGGAGUAAUUGCAGAUCGAUUUAGAAAAGGAAAGAUUGUCCUUCUCUUUUCAGUUAUGUGUUGGAUUGUUUUCAACCUGGGAAUUGGUUUUGUGAAACCUGCCACCAUGAGGUGUGAAUCAAGGAAUCCAGUACCUACCACAGCAGUUCCAAAUGUUUCUACUUCCUCAAUGUUAUCUGCCGCUGCGACUACAAACCACUCCAUUCAAAACAGCUCCAACAAAAGUCGGAUACAGAGAGAUAUUUUAGCAAAUCAGCGUUUCAGAUAUUUGGGAAACCUCGGUUUUUCUUUUCCCUUGUUUAAUGUAGAACAAGACCACAUCUUACAGAAAAGAUCUGCUCCAAGUACUGACAAUUCAACAACAACAAAACCAAACAGGACAUUAUACACUACCACCACCAGCAGCACACCUGCUACAACAGUGAGGGAAGAUAAACAGGUCACUUACAACUUGACAGAAGUUGAAAAUAUUUUCCUACUAAUCUUGUUGGUUGUCAUCAUCGGAGAGUUCUUCAGUGCUCCAGCAGUCACUAUCGUGGACACCGUUACUCUACAGUAUCUUGGCAAACACAGGGACCGAUAUGGAUUGCAACGAAUGUGGGGCUCCCUAGGGUGGGGCUUAACCAUGCUGGCAGUUGGCAUCUCAAUUGACCAUACUCACAUUGAAGUUUUUAUAGAAGGUGAUGGCUGUCAAAUCACAGAUUACAAGAACUACAGAAUAACUUUUAUUGUUUUUGGUGUUUUGAUGUCUUUAGCAUUGAUUGUAUCAACCCAAUUCAGAUUUGAUUACAGUCAUUUAAAAACUGAAGAGAACAAAAGGGAAGAUACUAUUGAAAUUCAGCAAGUGGCUCAGAAUUCUUCAGUGGAUAAUUCUAAAGUCAAUGGCAAUGCUGAAGAUUCCAGGAGCACAGGGAAAAAGACAUUUGAAUUUAAAUGGCUGCUGAGAAUGAUUUGCAGUGUGCAGUAUGGUUCGGUGCUAUUUGUAGCCUGGUUCAUGGGCUUUGGUUAUGGCUUUGUGUUCACAUUCCUCUACUGGCAUUUGGAAGACCUGAAUGGGACAACUACACUCUUUGGAAUCUGCUCAGUCCUCAGCCACAUCUCAGAACUGACAGCCUAUUUCCUGAGCCAUAAGCUGAUUGAACUGGUGGGUCACAUUAGGGUACUGUACAUUGGCCUGGCUUGUAAUACAGCUCGUUAUUUAUAUAUCUCGUAUGUGGAAAAUGGAUGGUAUGUCCUACCCAUGGAGGUGUUGCAAGGUGUUACCCAUGCAGCAGUAUGGGCUGCAUGUAUAUCUUACCUGAGUGCAGCUGUGCCUCCUGCAUUAAGAACUUCCACUCAAGGAAUUCUACAAGGGCUCCAUUUAGGUUUGGGCCGAGGCUGUGGUGCUAUGGUGGGAGGAGUAAUGGUGAAUGCCUUUGGUGCUCAACAAACAUUCCGUGGCAUUGGAAUGGCCUCUUUGGUGAUUCUUCUACUUUUUGCCUUGAUCCAAUGGUUGGCAGUGCCUGAUGAAGAUGAAGAAAAGAAGAUGCUGGCAGAACGGAUUCCAGUUCCAUCCAGCCCUGUUCCCAUAGCGACCAUCGAUCUUGUACAACACCACUCAGAUAGCAUUAUGCCCCAUCUUGAAACUAAACGCCCUCUGAAAAAGACCAAGUACCAAGAGGAGCAGGAAGACGUUACAAAACCAGCCUGGGCCAUCAGUUCAUCGCCUUGGGUCACUAUUGUGUUCGCCCUUUAUCAGGUUAUGGAGAUGGCAAAGCUGGCGAAGACAGAUGCAGCUAUUCAACAUCAAGUUCUACAGGAGGCCAAUGACAACCCGGUAACUCCAGACCCUUGGCCAUUUGGGGUCUCAACACAGCCUGAACCUUCACAUGCUUGUAGCAAGCAAAUAAAGACAGAUGUCCCCAUCGCUACCUCUAGUCUGGAUGAGCAGGUCAGCGUAAACCAAGAGAAGGGAGUCAAUCAGCCAGAGUUGCCUAAGAACUUUAUCCCCCUGCCAGGAAAUGGAAACCCAAAUAUUAGUCCAGAUUCACCUCACCAAACAAGCACUCAACCAAGUCAGAAGAACAUUUCUUCUUGAUUAAACUUAUUCAGAUGUUUUAAAAACAAUGCAUUUGGUUUUCCCUGAUGGACUUUAAAAAGAAAACUAAGCAAAGGAAAAUUUUUCAAGAAUGCAUUGUUCCACAGUAUGCCCACAUUAUCAAUAUGGCAUGAAUGGCUAAUGUACAUUUCAGAAAUGACAAGGUUCUACCAUGAUUUUUUCUGUAUUUGGGACAUCAAUAGCAGACAUACUGUAAGUGCCUGUUCAUGUACAAAGGACAUAUCCUAAUAUGAAAGUCUGUCUAUCCAAAAUGCUCAAUGUUUGCCUCAAUUUUUAAAACCUUGCAUUGAGAUGUUAAAAUGUAGCUAUAUUAAUUCUGGAUGAAACAAGCAUUGUACUUACAAACCAAGAUGACAUUACAAUGUACAAAAAUGUCCAACCAGGAAAUAUCAUAUCCGUGAAGUAUAUUUUUGUUGAACAUCCCAUUCAACUCAAUGAAAAUUUAAAAACUUGGGCCUGAGCAGAGAAGCUGUUUGUUGGUAAGAGUAUAUCCGUCAAAAUGAUUCUGGGCAUCCCUUAAGUAUGUGCUAGAAAUACAGAUGAAUGGAAAUUGCCUUCUUUCAACAAGUCGUUGCACUAGGUAAUAUCUGUAUUCUAACUUGAAUGAUGACAGUAAGAAUUAGGAAAGCUCAUCUUUAAGUUACUGAUGGUUUGAUGCUAUGAUUCUUGCUGUAGUUUUAGCACUGCUCCAGUUUUCAUUUGAAAUGUGCAAUGUAAUGCUUCAACAUUUCUGCUGUACAAUUCUGGCAGCACUGUUCCCAGUUCCUUGUGUUUAAAUAUUUUGAGGAAAAUUUUCUUCAAGUUUCUCUGGCAAACUUGGGUUCAGAAUUUUCUCUGGCAAUUAAUGAAGAAUCCACAAUGUAUUGUUAGUGGCCAAAACUAAACUGUCAAAACCAAAGUUUCUUCUCUCAUCCUAGAACACAAAAGAGUUACAAGUUAAACAUGUCAAAAUAUCUAUUUAUCUUUGAGGAAAGAGAAAACAGUGGCCCGAAUUUUGCAGUUUUCAGCAGAGUACUGGUACUCAUUGCUGAUCUUGAGAGAAUUUGCCCACAAAGAUCUGCCAGUCCUCUUUUUCAGACAUCUGUUGCCAUCAUUAAAGGGAUCCUUGGCAUCCAGAACGUUGAUGUAUUAGAUUGGCUGAGCAGCCCAAUCACAUUAAAACAAUUCUCAGGAAGAAAAGGAAAAUGUUAAACUGAUAUGAUAUGAAGCAUCAUAUAGGGCAGAAAUUAAAAUGUCAAACUUUAUUGAAAAAAAUUACUAAAAUUACUUAAAAUAUUUAUAUGACAGAAUUUCAAGUACAAAUACAAUCCAUAAAUUAAUUUUUGUAAGGAUAAGUUCACUAAGCAGUAACUGUGGUUUAGUGAUUAAUGAUAUUGUGAGAUCUCAUGCAACAAUGCAUACAUAAUAUUUUUGAAGUAUUUUACAUCAGUUUGUAAAUACUUAAAAUUUUCAUCAAUUCAGCUAAAUUUCCCUGAUUACACAGCACCCUGGUGAGGUGGAAUGAAAUGGUGACCCCAAUUUAGUGAUUUCCGCAUUAAAAAUACGCAUACUUGCAAAUCUUUUAGCUGCUGUCAGUUUUACGUUUCAAGGAAAGUAAAUGCUGAUGGUGUUACCUUUAGUAUCAUCCCACAAAAUCCAGGCCAUCAAUAUAGGGUUGUAAAUUGUACACAGGUUACUCAAUAACGUGCAUUCAAAGAUGCUGUGUUGCUAAAAUUUGUAUCUCCUUGCUUAUAACUGAAAGGAAAUGCAAAUUCUGUAGGUAAAUGUCUUGGGAUUCAACUUUAUCAUAAAAUCUCAGCAGUAUUUUCUGUGUAUUGCUAAGGAAGGUAGAUUUGAGUUUGAAAAUGACUCUUCAAAAAGAACAGUAAGUCAAUACGGACAGUAGUCUUGGUGGUGGUUGGGAAUCGGGAUGCGGGAAGAUUCAGAAUGGUGAAGGCAACUUAAGUGAAAGAGAAGGUACUAGGUUACAAAGGAACUCAAACUUAAUACUUGAUAGCUGGUAGUCACGCACAUCUAGGAAAUUAAUGACAGUUGUGGGAAAUCCAAAGUAUGUUUUAAGCCUGAAGGUUUAUUUUUAAAACUGAACAAUUUUAUGCUCGUACUGUUUGAAGUCUUCUUCCUGUCAAUAAAUGGACUUCAGAUCACAGCAAAUUGCAUCUGAAUGUUUGAAUUGGCAGUAAUGAGGAUUGACUCAUUUUUGCUCUGAUGUAGGUAGGGUGUGGAGACACAAGAGACUGCAGAUGCUGGAAUCUGGAUCAAAAAACAAAAUCAAUCUGCCGGAGGAACUCAGCGGGUCAAGUAGAAACUGUGAGGGAGAGGCACUGUCGAUGUUUCAGGUCGAGAUGUUGCAUCAGGACUCAAUGGAGGGUCCUGAUGCAGGGUCUCAACUCGAAACAUCGACAGUUCCUCUCCCCACACAGAUGCUGCUCAACCCAUUGAGUUCCUCCAGCUGUUUUUUUUUGCUGUCGGUAGGGUGUGGGAUUUGUAUAGUUUGUAAAAUAGUUAGUGCCUUCAGUCUAUUAAAUUAACAGUAUUUAAAAACUAUAUUGAUUUUGUAGUGGCUUUUUGCAUGUUGAUAUUUUGGGAUUGUUUCUGUAGAGUUAUAAACUAUUAUUGAAUUGUACAGCAAUUGUGUUAGUUCUGAGAAUAUUAUGUUAAAUUGAUAAUUUUAUUAAUAAAAAUGCUGUUUCAAAUGGA